GUUACAACUAAUCAAAAAGUAAGAACAAGAAAAUGUCUAACAGAAGAUCAAGACAAUCUUCGAGUGCUUCAAGAAUCUCCGAUGAUCAGAUGAUCGACCUCGUUAGUAAGCUUCGUCAGUUUUUGCCAGAGAUUCAUGAACGGCGUCGUUCUGAUAAGGUGUCAGCAUCAAAGGUACUACAAGAGACAUGUAACUACAUAAGGAAAUUGCAUAGAGAAGUUGACAAUCUCAGUGAUCGUUUGUCGCAGCUUCUUGACUCUGUUGAUGAAGAUAGCCCUGAAGCUGCCGUGAUUAGAAGCUUACUCAUGUAACCUUCCAAUAUUUUUUAUUAUAACUUUAUAAUGUUAGUAUUUAUUAAUUUAUCUAUAUAUGUAAUCUUUAUCGUCCUUAAUAUAUUAUCAAGUGACGU